UGUGCUUGUGUUGGUGUUUAGAAAGGCCAAAGUGGUCUCUUGAUCUCUGUGUGUGUGUUUGUGCUACAGUGCUAGUGAUUAUGUGGUGUUUGUGGGUGGAUGAAAACAAUGGUGAUUGUUGCUGUUUGAUCCGCCAUUGGAGACCCACAAAAGCGCAGAGCAUGACCCACAAUCCAUCCAUGGAUACACACCACACGAACUCAACAGAAAGGACGAGAUAAAAGCCCCACAUUUAUGAUUCUUAAAUGCUUUUUUUUAUUUUUGCUUCGUUUUUCUGGGCUUUCUCUUCAAUAGUUCCCACUGGGAUAAAGCGCGAAGAACCGAAAGCCACGUUGAGUUUGUGGUCUAUUCGUGCGGCUACUAAGCGCCCGCGAGGCUGGUUCUAGUAUUCAAGCAACAGAGCCUUAUCCUCUUCUCCUCAUCUUCGUCACUAGUUCUGUUCCUUUUUGUUGUUCUCUCUCUCUCUCUCUCUCUCUCUUUUACUUUUUUUUUCUUCUGGGAAAUGGUGCUUUUCUGACAUGGUUUCUGCUGCUUUUUGCGGGAGGUUUUUUGUGCUGUUUUUUUUUUCUUGAAAGGCGUGAUUUUGGUUCCGUUCUCUCUCUCGUGUGCUUGAUUGCUUUGGGGUUGAAACUUUUUCUUGAGGAAAGGUGUGAGCUUUGUGGAUGAUGGUGUCAUCUUAUUGGGGUUCUUUUUUCCUGAUGAUCAGGCUGAGAAUUUGGUUCCAUUCUCUCUUAUGCGCUUGUUUUCUUUGUUUUUGAAGCUUUUCUUUGUAUUAGAAAAGGCGUGUGCUUUGUGGAUGAUGAUGUUCUGUAGCAAUGGUUUCUUUUGGUUCUCCAAAAAGGACAUGCAUGGGUUGUUUCUUCUUCUCUUGCUGAUCCCAAGGCUGAAAUUCUGAUUUCAUUGCUUGGUUUUCAAUCAUUUCUUUGUGGAUAAUGGUGUUCUCUGCCAACGGUUUGGUAUGAUAGUCCAAAAAAGAAUGAUUUUGAUGCACUGAUUCUUCUUCUCUUGGAUUGACUUCUCAUGGGAUGGGUAGUUAUAAAGAAUAGAAUGCAGGAUACUCAGUGCUCCUCUCUGAGGAAUGAGAAAGCAAUCAUAGAGGAAGAAGAAGAAGAAGAAGAAGAAGAAGAAGAAGAAGAAGAAGAAGAAGAAGAAGAAGAAGAGUUUUCUAGUGGAUAUAGAAUCUGUGAGAUUCCAGAUGAGGACGAGCUAAGCUUACGAGAGUGGCUUGACAAGCCGGGCAGGCUUGUUGAUCCUGUAGAGUGCCUUCACAUCUUCAAGCAAGUUGUGGAAGCUGUGAGCCUUGCCCAUUCACAAGCCAUUGUCAUUGUAAACAUUCGGCCUUCGUGCUUCCUCAUGUCCCCCUUCAAUCACAUUUCCUUCAUUGAGUCUGCCUCUUGCUCCUCUGGCUCUGAAUCCUUGGGAGAAGGCAGUAGUUUCCGGGAUGAGGCUUCACAGGAGACUAUGGAUCAAAAGGUUGGUAUUGGAACAGUGAAAGAAGAUUUAGAUGAUGCUGUGAAGGCGUUUCCACUUAAGAAGGUUUUGGCUAUGGAGAUGAAUUGGUAUACAAGUCCAGAAGAAGUUGCAGGGGAUUCAGGCACAUUGGCCUCUGAUAUAUAUCGAUUAGGCGUGCUUCUGUUUGAGCUGUUUUGCUCAUUCAAUUCGCCCGAUGAAAAGCUUGGAAACAUGGCUAGCUUGCGGCAUCGUGUUCUUCCUCCACAGUUGCUGCUCAAAUGGCCAAAGCAAGCUUCAUUUUGCCUUUGGCUGUUGCAUCCUCAGCCGAAUUCUCGGCCGAAGAUGAGUGAGAUAUUACAGAGUGAAUUCCUCAAUGAACCGAAAGACAGUUUUGAAGAACGUGAGGCUGCCACUAGGUUACAAGACAAUAUAGAAAGUCAGGAAUUACUAUCGGAAUUUCUGUUGGAGUUGCAGCAAAGAAAGCAAGAAGAAGCUGAUAAGUUAGAAGAUGCAAUUCAGUUUCUUUCUACUGACAUGGAGGAGAUUCUAAAUCAUCAGUCUGUCAUAAAGAAAGAAGAAGAAUUUAAUUUGCCGUUGAAUAACAAUGGUGAACAUUCGGCUUUAAAAAAGGUGAAUCAAACUUCCGUCUGUCAUUUCACAAGUAAUGAAUCAUCUUCCUCAGGUUCCCGGAAGCGUGUCAGACCAGGACUGCCGAACUAUGGUAUUGAAGAAUAUAAAGGGGAGCUUGUCGAAUGUCUUAAAUCUGAGAACCCAGCAGCAAUGCAGGAAAUUAUUUUGUCGAGAAGUUCUCGGGUGAUGAAGAACUUUGAAAAGCUAGAGACCGCUUACUUCUUGACAAGAUUUGGGAUGAUGAAACCAUCAGAGAAACUUACAAGCAGAAAGCUUGCGUUACCGAGUUCUGCUGGAGGGUCACUCUCAAGAACCGAGGCAAGCUCUGUUUACAAUUUGGAUGGUACGUCAAGCCAUGGAAGUGGAGGGAAAAACAAAUGGAUAGAUUCAUUUCUCAUGGACCUCUGCAGCUAUCUAUCUUUCAGCAAGCUCAAAGUUCGAGCUGAACUUAAGCAAGGAGAUCUCUUGAAUUCAUCAAGUUUAGUCUGUUCGCUGAGUUUCGAUCGGGAUAAGGAGCUUUUUGCCACUGCUGGAGUAAACAAGAAAAUCAAAAUAUUCGAAUGCAAUUUGAUCCUAAAUGAAGAGCAUGAGCUUCAUUAUCCUGUGGCUGAAAUAAUUGGUAGAUCAAAGUUCAGUAGUAUUUGUUGGAAUAGUUACAUCAAAAGCCAGAUUGCUUCAAGUGAUUUUGAAGGUGUUGUUCAGAUAUGGGAUGCUACAAGAGCCGAAGUUUUAGUGGAAAUGAGGGAGCAUGAGAGACGCGUCUGGUCCGUCGAUUUCUCCCAAGUCGAUCCAACAAAGUUGGCAAGCGGAAGUGAUGACCGUGCUGUAAAGCUCUGGAACAUCAAUCAGACAGAAAGCAUCGGUACCAUUAGAACAAACGCUAAUGUCUGCUCUGUUCAGUUCGCUCCGGACUCAUCUCACUCGCUUGCAAUCAGCUCAGCAGAUCAUAACAUAUAUUGCUACGAUCUCCGAAACUUUACUGUUCCUCAUCGGACAUUAAUCGGGCAUGCCAAGACUGUGAGCUAUGUGAAGUUUUUGGAUUCAACAACCAUUGUCUCUGCAUCAACAGACAACACUUUGAAGCUUUGGGAUUUGUCCCUUUGCGCAUCCGGUGUCAUCGAUGAUCCUCUUCAGACAUUCACCGGUCACACGAAUGUAAAGAAUUUUGUUGGUCUAUCACUUUCUGAUGGAUAUAUAGCAACAGGUUCAGAAACAAAUGAGGUCUUUAUCUAUCACAAGGCUUUCCCGAUGCCGGUUCUAUCAUACAAAUUCACAUGCACAGACCCUAUCUCAGGCCGAGAAGUGGAUGAUUCGACGCACUUCAUAUCUUGUGUGUGCUGGCGAAAUCGAUCAUCCACCUUGCUCGCCGCAAAUUCCAGUGGCAACAUCAAGCUCUUGGAGAUGACUUGAGUCUUUUAUCGGUUGGUGAUACGAUACUUUUAGACAUGAAUGUGCAUAUUUUCUCAAGAUAUGCACAUUGUAUAGAUAAGUGAUAUACAGGGAUUGAUUCUUGUAAAGAGUUCAUAUAAGUGAUUUUCAGUGAGGUUCUUCAUCUGUUUAUUUGUUAAGAAAUAUGGCUUGUUUUCUAACAAUUGAUUUGAUUUGGGUGAUGGAUUAUUAUUAUUUUUUUA